UCAAAGCGGCUAAGGUCGGCACAGAGCGCUGCCGGGGUCUUUCAUGGAGUUUUACUUUGUGUGCGUCUUCCGAGUCGGCAACGGAAAGUAGAAAAGCAUUUCCGUUCUGGGCCGGAACUAGGGUACCGUAGAGUUCAACGGCGCGUCCUCCUAGAGCGACGCCGUUUCCGGUGUGCUGCUUCCGGAGAGGCGGGGCUUAAGCCGGAGUUUUCUCAGAUGGCUUCCUUUGGGUGGAAGAGAAAGAUUGGUGAGAAGGUGUCAAAAGCAACAUCUCAGCAAUUUGAAGCUCAGGCUGCUGAUGAGCAGGGUCUUGUGGAUGAUGAUGAUGAUGUUGAUUGGGUUCAUGAAGCUAAAAGGAAAAAGGGACUCCUGUUGGAAGAGUGUUUGGCCAAAAGUAAAUGUCUAAAGGAGGAAGGUGCAGCAUUGGCUGAAAACGAAAGGUAUCGGAAGGCUGUUCAAAAAUGGGAUGAAGCACUUCAGUUAACUCCAGAAGAUGCUACCCUCUAUGAGAUGAAAUCACAGGUCCUCAUGUCCUUGCAUGAAAUCUUCCCUGCUGUGCAUGCUGCAGAAAUGGCUGUCCAAAGAGAUCCCCGUUCUUGGGAGGCUUGGCAGACACUGGGACGUGCCCAGCUUGGUUUAGGAGAAAUCACCCUGGCCAUCCGAAGUUUCCAGAUUGCGCUGCAUAUCUGCCCGCUAAGCUCUGAACUGUGGAAUGAAGAUCUCUCUUGGGCAAGGAAGCUACAGCAGCAGCAGAAGAAAGCAAGCAGAGCAGAGCCAGGCAUGCAGACAACGGCAUCUCAGGGACAGAGUUCAGAGGAGCCGAUUCCGGAUUACGAUUUUGAAAGCGAGGAGAUUUUGACCGUCUGUGCUGCAAUUGCCGAAAAGGAGAAAGCUUCCUUGGCCUCUAAAAGUGUCGUAAUCGUGUCCGCUUCCGGGACGGUUGAGACGGUCACUGAAAAAGAGAAAUGCACGACAACGCCUGACAGUGCUGUUUUUAUUAAAGCACGAUAAGCAACAUUGAUUGACAGAAUGAAAUCUUCCUGGCAUCUCCCCGUGUCUUUGAGGAUCUUGGUUUCCACCCCCUUCUUCUUCAGCCUCCUUAUGGAUCCUCAGGCACUGGGGUUGUCACCAAGUGAAGCUUCAGAUUGUAUAGAGUUUUCUCAGUUUGCUUCAUAAUGUGCUCACUAAUAGCAUGCCCAAGAUGGGAGGAAGCUUGAAUGGGGUGGAGACAUGUCUUUGGCACUUGAGGCUGAUCACAAAUCAAACACCACUCGUAACAGGAGGGGAAAUGGGAGGCAGAGGCAGAGAGCAGCUUCUUGCAACCAUCUCGUAUUCCUGGUCUGGAAAUGGCAACUUUCAGUUCUGAACUGAAAAUUUGAAAAGUUACGUGUGCUCAUAGUCCUAUAAAGAGCCCUUAUGAGAUUUUUCUGGUCUACCCCCUUUUGUUCCUCGCCGCGCGCUACACACAAGCCUGGAGAGGCUUUGCAGAUUUGCUGCCUCUACCUAGACCUUCGUGUGGCCACUGUAUGGCAGGGGAGGAAAAGGGGUUGAAGGCCCCCCCACCUUGGAGGUCAGGAGGAGGCAAAGCCUCCAAAUGGAACUCAGAAAGAAGUAGAAGGUUCAUGGCACUGCAGUGUACGCCAAAGCUGUUUGAACCUCUCGUCGUUUGGGACAAAAUAUGAUCUGCUUCUAUUGCCUUAUGGUAGUUUGUGGCACCAACUCCUAUUUCUAAUUCAAAAGAAUAUAGGGUUGUUGUUGUUUUUUGAAACUAUGUGAUUAAAAUAUUCCUUUUGUUUGGUUUUAUUUUUCAGUUGGAUUGGGUAAACACAAGGAAGACAGGGUAUAAAUUGACCCCUUUUCUUCCCCUUCCCAGAACUUUCCAAAGAAAUAAAAGUGCUAACAUAUACGACAAUGAAGAAAAAGAAUGAACGUUCAAGGUACAAAAACAAAUGAUUAAAUCUUCUUGCUUCACAAAAAGAAGUGUACUAUAGAGUGAUGUCCUAAAGCUGGUAAGAGGACAGAAUUCCUUCUGUGAGUCGAAUUGGAAAGUGCCAGGUGACCCAUCCCACUGCAGCCCCCAUGCGUUCCAAAGAUGUGCCCUGGAUAUUUAGGAAAACCUCGAUGUAGCCAGGUUUUGGAGGACAGCAAGACCUGCUGGAUGUGCCAUAGAGCUGGUUCUCAGCAUAAUGUUGGAUUUAGGCUAUUUUCAACACCAUUUGGGUGUACACAUGUUACUCAGAUUAUAUGUACUGAAAGAUGUACAUGAGUUUUGGCAUCAAACUUCAUUCUAAAAUAACUCUCAGUGGGGAACAAUCCACUGUGGUCAAUAGAGUUUGGAAACCACAUUUUUAAAAAACAAAAAUACUACAAAUUUAAGAUAAACCACACUGAGUGCAGGCUAUGAAAAAACAAGACAGAUAGUAGUCGUCUCAAGAGGUGUUCUUGUUUUGCACAUUUUAAUGCCCUGUGACAGAGCCAUAGUUCAGCAUUGAUGAGAGUUCCAUACACUCAGUAGAGACAAAAGAUUUUGUGUGUAAUUAAAUUAUUUUGUGUUGAUCUUUUGCUGAUCUCAUUCUGUUUGUUUUGUAAACGGAUCUGCUCCGCAAGUUGUGCUUCCAAGGUCAAGCUUUACUCUAAAUGAAAUUUUGAUAGCCACAUUGAAUUUGUUAGAACAGGGACAUUAUUGCGGUUAUUUCUCCAUCAGGCAAUUGUGGGGUCAGCUAUGCAUUAUAGAGAUUUGGGUAUAAUAUUUUGAAUGGACUGGAGAGAUUCUUUAGUGAGUGCUCCAGUUUGCAAAAAUUAUCUUCAUAAGGUAAAUCUGUUGUGUUUAAUCUCAAAUGCUUUCCAUAAAAUUCUGCAGACAUCUGGUCUUCUACUCAAAUAUUUUUAACGUUUUGUCACAGAGGUUUCCAGCGUGAUAGUUUAUUGCAGCAAAAUCAACAGAGUAUUGUGGCAGCUUAAAGGCUAACAGGUUUUGUUAGAAUAAGCUUUUGUGGACUCCAGCCCAGUUCUUUAAAUGCAACAUUGAAGUCCACAUAAGCUUAUUAUGCUACAUAGAAGUUGGUAGUCUUUAAAGUCCCAGCAAGGCUGUUUGAUGUUUAUUUUGGCAGAGGAGUGUCACAUUUCUAAAACCUGGAUCUAGGUGGAGUAUCCCCAUUAUUAGAUCAGUUGCUGGAUGUUGUCAAUUGUUAUCUAAAUCUCAUUGAGUCUAUUCUAUUUGGGAUUCCUAGUUGAUUAGCCAUGUUCAGUAGUAUCCACUUUCACUCCAGUGUCACUUUUAUUUUAAAGGGAUUUGUGCUCAGAUAAAUGUGCAAAAGUCCAUAGAAAUUGGGAACUUCAGACUCAUUUUUGCUGUGCAACCUCAGUUGUUGGUGACAUGCAUAGCUUUGUCAUCUUGAUUUUGGAUGUCAUUGUGAGCCACUCUAAAGACUUUGCUGUUUCACUCUUUUUCUUUUGUAUUCUCCAUAUUAAUAAGCAGAACACAGGACUUCAUCAGCACUUUUCUCCUCAGUAUGGAUCUUCAUUGGAUAGCCUUUAAUUAGUAGCCAGUCAUUGUUAUUCAGCUGCUAAUAUUCUACCCUGGUUUUAUGUUCUUAACUUCCUGGUUUAUAUUUUGCUUGUCACUGAAAAUUCUUAUAUCGUAAUAAAGUUUGUUUCUUGUG